AUGUCUUCGGCUGUUUCCCCCGUGGCCGUCCGGCGGGCUACCAUUCUCGGUGGUUCCAACACGGUUGUUGGAGCCAGACUUGACGGCAAGGGAGAUUGCCAUGGGCAGGUGGGAUCUCCUCUCACAGACCGAUCGCCUCGUUCCAAUAGCGCAUCAAGUCUCGAGGAUGCUUCCGAGUUGCCUCUAGUAGCAGCCAUGUUUUCCAUCCCCAGUGACAAACACCGGACAUGCCACUGGGCUGAGACGGCGUUCCUGAUUAUGGCUGAGUUCGUUGGUUUUGCCAUUCUCAGUUUCCCUCAUGCUUACGCGACUAUGGGCUGGGUUCUUGGAAUUGCCGCCACGUUCUUCAUCGGCCUUGGUUACUUGUACACCUCGCUCGUUCUCUGGGACCUUUGCCUCCGACACCCCGAGAGCAAGAGCAUCUGCGAUAUCGGCAAGAUAUUAUGCGGCAAAUACGGUACCAUCGGAUUUUGGUUCACCGCAUGUAUGUUUGUUUGCAACAAUAUUGGCAUUCAUGUUAAUCUCGGUGGGAACUUCUUUCAAAACGUGGUAUUGUACGGAAAGUCCGUGGCCAUCUCUCCUCGGAUCCUCGGCGGUCUCGUUGCAACCUUUCUCUGCCUCCUUUGCUCAUUACCACGGACCCUCAAAGUAUUGUCCCGUUUCGCCAUGGCUGCUGUCGCUUCCACGGUCACUUGUGUCGUCCUUGCCAUGAUUUUCAUUGUAAAUCAGGGUGGCCCUGUUGACUCCUCAUUGCAGCCCCGAGGCGGUGCGGAUGCCGCGAUCACAAAGCAUAGUAUGAUCUUGUUCUCUGCCUGGCCUUCACCUGACGCAACUUUCAAAGAUAUCAUGGUGGCUUUCUUGGGCAUUGCAUUUGCAUUCAUCGGCCAGAUCACGCUCCCCAGCUUCAUCGCUGAAAUGAAGGAUCCCAGAGAUUUCCCCAAGGCAUUAUACCUCUCCUCAUUCGUCCAGUACUCCCUUUUCAUCACAUUUGCCAUCUUCAUGUAUAAGCACAUCGGGCUUCGUGAUAUGACAACCAUCACGAUCGGAAGCCUUGAAAGGACUCAGCUCAUUAUCUGUUUCUGUUUCCUUUUGCCUUCUUUGGUAAUACUUGGAUCCCUCUACGCCACAGUUACUGGUUUAUUCAUCCUAAAUUCGGUUGAAUCACAAAUCUCAAAGAAGCGUACUAAGAAUAUUAUAUGGGUUGUUAUUAUCACUCUUCUCUGGACACUCGCCUUCACCAUCAGCCAAACCAUUCCUCAUUUCGAUGCUUUGCUCGCCAUUGUCGGUGCCAUCUUUGACGGCUUCUUCGGGUGGAUUUAUUGGGGCGUCGCCUGGUUCCGUAUGCGGCAAGCUGAUAUUCAGAAGAGGGUGCCUCGCGUAUGGGGGCCAAAGAUGGACGUUGCGUUGGGUGUCGUCAACUUUUCACUCAUCUUUAUCGGCACGGGGCUUUUCCUUGGUGUUGGCUCAUGGGCUUCUUUUGCUUACCUUCGAGAUCUUGGGCACAACAAGAACUAA